AUGGCACCACCACCUCCACCCAAUGCUUACCAACCAGGAACAAAGUUAGUUGUCGGAUCACAUCAAAUCUCGAUCAUCAAAUAUAUCUCUGCAGGUGGUUUCGCCCAUGUGUACACAUGUCAUAUUGAACCCGCAUUCCAUGGAUCAAAUACUGCUUGUUUGAAGCGGGUCGUGGUUCCAAGCAAGUGGCAAUUGAGUCUCCUUCGUCAAGAAGUGGAUGCUAUGAGAAGGCUACGAGGAAAUAAGCAUAUUGUGUCGUAUAUUGAUUCCCAUGCAGCUCGUUUAAAUGAACCUAACAGCCACCACCAGCAACAGUAUGAAGUGCUAUUGCUAAUGGAGUAUUGUGAGAAUAACGGAUUGAUUGAUUUCAUGAAUACCAGGCUAGUCAAUAAACUAACAGAGAAGGAGAUUAUUGAUAUAAUGUACCAAGUGACGAUUGGUGUUGCCAUGUGUCAUCAUUUACGACCACCACUUAUACAUCGUGACAUCAAAAUUGAAAAUGUGUUGAUUGAUUCUAACCAUGUGUUUAAGCUAUGUGAUUUUGGAUCGUCAGUAAAUUAUAUGGCGCCACCAAAGAACCCACAAGAGCUACAAUUGAUGAAGGAUGAUUUGAUGCAACACACAACACCGCAAUACAGAGCACCCGAAAUGAUUGACUUAACAAAGGGGUUUCCCAUAGAUGAUAAGCUGGACAUUUGGGCUUUGGGGAUUUUCUUGUACAAGUUGUGCUAUUACACAACCCCAUUUGAACUGCCCAGCCAAUCAAGUUUGCAAGAUUUAGAAAGAACAAUAUUGAAUUGUUCAGAAACAUUGAGAUUCAAAGACCAGCCAGGACUGAUGUUCUCACCUAGAUUAAAGAAUGUCAUCAAAGUGUGUUUACGUGCAGACCCUAGGCGUAGACCAAACGCCGUGCAGUUGUUGGGAGAAUUGAGUCAAAUGAAAGGAGAAACUAAAGUACCAAACGUAAUCCCAGUCAGUAUUUUGCAAUCCGCUGAAGCAAAAAAACCGGCUGUUUCAGAACCCAAGAAACCAAUCAGUCCCACCCCGGAACCAAACACCAAAUCUGCCAAUACUAAGUCAGUUGAUGCCUUUGCAUCCAUCGAUAAAACCAAAUUUAUGAAAAAAUUGGAUACAAGAACGAUUUCAUCACCAUUUGAGCUGGAACCAAAACGAACAAUAGCCCGCCCACUCAGUGCGUAUUACGACAAUGGUCACAAACCCAAGAUAUACUCACAGGGAAACAAGUCAACACCAUCAAUCCAAGACAAAGUCAAACAGGAACUCGCAAGGGGCUAUGAAACCACUGAUUUGGGCGAGACAGAGGACACCAUGGAAUUUUUGAAAAGCAAGGAAACCGGGAAUCAUGAAGGCGGCAUGAAGUCGGCAUGGGACAGCUUAAAGAGAAUCAGCACUGGUGGAAGCAACACUUUGAGACGAAUCAGCACUGGUGGAAGUAUCAGUGCCAACAACACAGGUGCUUCAGACUACGGUAGUAGAAGAAAGAGUCUUAAGCAAAGAUUAACUGGAAGUCGAAGAUCAUCUGAUGAGAAGCCUGUGACAUCAUCAGACGAAACGUCUGAGAAAGAGAAGCUGAUUCAAAAACGAAUGCAGGCAUUACUUGCCCAAAGCGAGUCGCAACAAGUCCGCAAAACUGCACUGGGUUACGGGCGCUUCACCGAUAAGAAUGUGGUGGACGACAUUGAUUCCAUUAAUGAGUCUCCUUAUAAUAAAAAACCUACAACAAAGAAACUAGCACCACCCAAAGUCCCUGUCAAUUUAUCAUCAUCGAGACAACAUAAAUCCCCCACUCCGGAGAAUGUCAAACCACCAGCUACCAAGCGUUUACCAAAGCACAAACCGCAUAAUCCCCACGAUAAGUCGGAACUUCAUUACGACAAGCACAAAAAGCCACCUCCAACUAAACCGAGAAAACCCACAUUUCUCAAAGCAGGUCAAGAGCAAGUUCGAAGGUUGAGUACCGGUAGUGAUCUAUCCUUACCCGAUAUAGAUGACUUAGAGAAGCAAUUUUCGAAACGAUUCCCAAAUUAUGUCUAA